GAAACUGAUGUCAACAAAGCACUAGAGUGUAUGUAAGAAAGUUUAUGAAACCAUUUCAUUGUCAAUGAUAUGGAUAACGGAUUGUUUGAAUUUGAAUAUGCAGACGAACUCGAUGCUUUAGCUGCCUUCGAUGAUGAACCCACAGAAGAUGUCUGUAAACCUAAAAGAACUUUAAAUUUUACAACACCAAAUGCAAAAACCCAGCAUGGGAAAGGUAAAACUGGAGAUGAGUUGAAUUCCAGUUUAUUAUUAGAACCAGUUUUAAGCCCAGAACCACCUGUAAAUGGAUCUUUAUUGCAUGCUAGAACUACAGGAGAUAAUUCUGUUGGAUCUGGUGAGAAACGUGCCAGGAAUGAGGAUGAUGAUUUUGGAGAUUUACCAACGGACAGUGAUGAAGAAUUUACUGUGCCUCAAAUCAAUACACGUUCAGAAAUUGAACCACUGAGUAAACGACAAAGACUUCAGGAAAAUAGUAAAGAUGUCAUUAAAAUAAGACCAGCCAAAAUUAAUGAAAACACAACAAAUAGUGACAUCUAUGAUGAAGAUUGGCUAAAAGAUGAUUGGAAUGUCAAUAAUAUUAUAACAAAACGGAAUCAAGCAAAAACUUCUCAGUCUACAAGAGCAUUAGAUGAAGUAUUUAGAGAUGACAAAUCAAGAUUGCUGACUUCUCGACCUUGUGGAAACUUUCUUAACAUCACUGGUACUGAUGGUAGUAGAUUUUAUCUUAAAUUAAAGGAAGAAGAGGACUUUGAUAAAGAGAUUGUAGAGAUUAGUAAAACCAGGAAUAUAUCAGGAUUACUGAGUGUUCCAUGGGAAAUAUUACGACAACAAGUAGAACAGGAGAGACAAAAUAAGAUUAUUGAUGAAGCUAGAAAAAUUACUGAAGCUAUUAACAGGGAAAUAGAUGAUAAUUUAGGUCUGGAUGGUUUAGACAAAGAAAAUGAAGAACCUAUAGCUUUAUCUGAACCACAGAAAUUUUUAUGGGUAGAAAAAUAUGCUCCUUGUAGAUAUACAGAAUUACUCAGUGAAGAGGCUAUAAAUAGAACAUUACUUCAUUGGAUCAAGCUAUGGGAUUUUGUUGUUUUUGGUAAAGAAUUACCCAAUAAAAAUAAAGAUAAGAAAAAACAGAAAGAAGUAAAGAAAUGGAAAAGAUUACCUGAAUUAACAGAUGAGCUAGAUAAAUUUAACAGACCUUUACAAAAGGUUGUAUUAUUAUGUGGUCCACCAGGUUUAGGGAAGACAACUCUAGCACAGAUUGUAGCUACACAUGCUGGUUAUAAUGUAGUAGAGAUGAAUGCUAGUGAUGACCGUAGUGCCGAAGUAUUUAAAAAUAAAUUAGAGGCAGCUACACAGAUGAAAGCUGUUUUAGGAGCUGAUCCUAGACCUAAUUGUUUGGUGAUAGAUGAAAUAGAUGGGGCACCACAGCCAGCAAUAAAUAUGUUAUUAAAUUUAAUCCGUAAAACCGACGUGCCACCACCUGGUAAGAAGAAAAGUGAUGGUGGUAUAUUAUUGCGUCCUAUUAUCUGUAUAUGUAAUGAUCAAUAUGUGACAUCAUUACGACAACUACGACAAUCAGCAUUGUUGCUCAGUUUUCCUCAAACAGAAUCUUCACGAUUAGCAUCUAGACUUUACGAGGUUAUACGUCAAGAACAUCUUAAAGCAGAUAUGAAUGCCUUGUUAGCAUUAUGUGAAAGAACAGAUAAUGACAUUAGAUCUUGUUUAAAUACAUUACAGUUUGUAAGAAAGAAUCGUAAAGAAUUAACUGUUCAAUCAGUUCAGGGUAUGAGUAUAGGACAAAAAGAUGCACAUCGAAGCUUAUUUUCAACAUGGUAUGAAAUUUUCACAAUGCCUAGAGGAAAACAAAAUCGAUUCGUGAAUUUACGUGAUUUAUCAGAAGGAAAGACCACAAAAGCAGCCACAGCUACAACACCUGCAGUGAGGUUUCGGAAUAUUUUACUGGUAGCUCAGGCAGCUGGGGAAUAUGAUAAAGUUAAACAAGGCUUAUUUGAAAAUUAUCUUGAGGCAAAAUCAAAAGAUCCUCAUCUAGUAGGGUUAAAUUUAGCAAAUGAAUGGUUAGGUUUUACUGAUCUGAUACAGAGAUACACCAAUCACAGUCAAGAUUACUCUUUAAUGAAAUAUGUACCUUUUUUACCUGUUACAUUUCAUCUUCUGUACGCAUCUUAUACACCACCUAGAAUACAGUAUCCACAUUCACAAUUUGAGAUGAGAACAAAACAAACCAAAUCUGAUAAUUUAGUUGGAUCUAUGAUGGCUGAUAUGUUACCAACUGUUAAAAGAUUUGUAAAUACAACUGCUAUGGUAAUGGAUGUUAUACCACCGCUAAUGGACAUUAUUCAACCCACACUCAGACCUGUAAAUACCCAACUGUAUAGUGCUCGUGAAAAAGAAGAAAUGGCUAACUUGAUACGAAUAAUGAUAGCUUAUAACAUGACCUAUCAUCAGGAAAAACAGGAAGAUGGUCAAUAUAAUUAUAGCAUAGAACCGAAAGUUGAUGAAAUUAUAAAAUUUCCGGGAAUGAAACAACAUCGACAGAUGACAUAUGCUGCUAAACAACUAAUAGCUAGAGAGAUUGAUUUAGAGAAAAUGAGAAGAUAUGAAGCCAAGUUAACUCCAGUUGUUAAUAUUCAAGUAGAAAAGAAAUCAGUAGAAAAUAAAACAAGUAAAGCAUCAUCUAGUUCUAGUGAUAAUCCCUCUUUACCCAAUCAUCUACAGACAUUACAAGCUAAACCUUUAGCUCGUGAUAAGGUGGUUAAUUUUUUUGGUCAUUUUACAAAAACCAAGCGAGAAGUUAAAGUAGAAAAACAACAAGAAAAGAAAGAUGAGAAAAAGAGUGAGAUUCUAGCUACAGAUAUUUGGUUUCAUUUUAAAGAAGGAUUUUCUAAUGCUGUCAGACGAAAUGUUAAAAUUCAAGAUUUAUUAUGAUCAGAAUUUUUUGGGGAAUGUGAUUCUUGGACAGUGUGGAUAUAUAGGUGUAUAUUGGAAAUAUUCUGGUAAUAAGUGAUUCAAUUGAUACACAUAGAUCAAACUCCAAUUCAUUCACAAACAGAAUGUGAUUGUUUCUGCUUUUAAUGGAUCAUGUUUGUUUUGUAGUAGUCAGAUCUUGAUCACAGAACAUGAUAUCCUGAUCAGGAAUGUAUUUUCCACCAUGAACUCAGUUGUGAAUAAACCAAGAAAGAUGAGUUAAAAACUUAAAAAAAACCCCUCUAUUUUGUAAAAAAAGUUUCAUUUAGUAACCUUCCUAUUACAGAAAAACUCAAAUAAAAUAUGUUCCACAACUGCAAAUUAUUUUGUCCGAACUACAUCAACAAAUAUCUAUAAAAAGGCCUAUUACAUUGUUUAUGGAGAAACAGAAAGAGUUCAGAUUACAUUUGUCCGUCCCGCAUCUUAGACCUCAGGAUUCAAGGUUUGAUAAGACAAACAGUGCAUUUCCCAGACUUAACCCCAGAUCAACAAAAAGUGCUGGCAGAUAUUCAGAAAAAUAUUUGCUCAAGAAAUCACAGUGUUACUUUUGUAAAAACAGUUAACAUAUUCUAUGAGAUCAAAUCAGUACCACAUGUCUGUGAAUAUGUUGCAAGGAUUGAAAAAUUAUGUAAACAUUUAUGAAUUAAGGUGUGCACAGAUAUGUAAAUUUUAUGUAUUGAGAGGCUGUGUAAAUGAAGAAUAAAUUGUAAAUAAAAUAAGUGACGUAAUUCUUUUCUCAGAACAAUUUCAAAUCUUGUCAUUUCUUGAUGCUGAAUAUAAGUUGUUUUGAGUUAAAACAUACAUUAUGCAAGAGCUAAAUUGCGGGUCUUUAUUUAUGCCAGAAAUGUAAUCUAAAUUAUUAAUUAGACAUUAAUUAACCUAUCAAGACCAUAAUCAACUCUCGAUGGCAUCGUUAGCCUGCGAUCAUUAGUGGAUUAUAAGCCGAUUUACUGCAUAAAUUUCCUUCACGAUUUAAUGGAUACUCGAGACUAUGCUGUUUAUCG